GGUCACAUGAUCAAACGUUUGACCACAACCACCAUAGCUAGAAACAUCUUUUAUUUUAAAAUGAAAGCCUCAUGUAAGCAGGACAUGAGGCUUUAAGAAAAAUACUAGAAAUCUCACGAGAAAAAUAAUCUUCCUUUUUCCAUAAUUGUCAAGAUAAGGGCAAGAGCCUUCUCUGCAGUUCCUACCAUUAAAGAAAUCCAGAGAGGGUGGCAUCCCUGAAGACUGCCCAAGCAGUGUUUCUCUAGCCUGGUCUCUGCAUCCAUAGUGCCAGUUUAACUGAACAGGCAAUUUUAAAGUGAUAUAAUUAAAUGGUGCAAAAUACUCUAGUGACAUUGUGUUUGGUUUAAACCUUAUUUAUAUUGAUUUACUUUGCAUCAGGAAAUGUAGACACAAGCUAUGUCAAUAUUGGUCAAAAUGAUGUGGUGUGCAUCUACACAAGGUAUUUGCAUGAGUUUAAUUACAUUAGGAUUGUUUAAAAUUGAUUUUAGUUGAACUGGUGCAACUCGCAUGUUUGGAUGGUGUCUUAGACAUGGAGACCUUAUUUCCAAUUAUGAAAUUAGGUUAGAUCUAAAAAAACAGAAUCCCCACACCCUCCACUUGCAGAAUGGUAUGAUCUAGCCCAGGGGUGGGCAAUAAGUCGGAGAUGUGCCAUUCCAACAGCCUUGAAUGCUUUUUACUCAUUCAACAUGUGCCCGCUUAACAUGUUUUUGCGAUAGCACGAUUUUUUUUGGGGGGGGGGAGGGGACAUUUUUUGAAUAACACAACCAUCCCCAAAAUAACACGGUUUCCCCAGCUGGCCUGUCACUGGCGGCUGUGCAGGGCUUGCCCUGCCUCCCUGCAGUGGCGGAGGGUUCGCCACUUGCCACGCCAUUCCCUGGAGACUUCCUCCUCACCCCCACCGGACGCCUCGCUCCCUCUCCUCUGCCCCUGCUUGCAGGCCAGCAGCUGGGUUUCCCCAACCGGCCUGUUGCCGGCGGCCGUGCGGGGCUUUCCCCACCUCCCUGCAAAGCGGUGGAGGGUUUGCCUCUCGCCGCACUGUUCCCCGGUGACCCACCCUUGUCGGACGCAGCGCAGAUCCCGGUAGACCCGUCACAGGAGCAUACUGUACUCCCAACCUAAGCCCCCGUCCCCUCUCCUCCCCUUCCCUUCCCCAGAGCCAAAUACCUCCCCUCCCUGAUGUAACUCAGUCCCCUUUCUCCCGCAACCUUAUGUCCCGGUCCCGGCUGCUAACAAGUGCAGGCUGGAGCCACAAGCGCACAUGCAGCUCUCAGCAGCCCCGCUGAGAGCGCAGCUGACCAGAGUACUUCUGGGUUCCAGCUGAUGCCUUAUUGGGAGUUUUACUGUACUGUACUCAUGAGCAGAUGAGUACACUGUACAUCUGGUAACAGUGCUCCUCUGCUCACUCAAGUGUUUUAUCUUGUGCUAACAUACCGCGACAUUAGAUACUGUAUCUUGCUGUCUAUUACUGUAUCCCUUAUCAUGAGUGGAAAGCGUAAGGAAAGUGAUACAUCUGCUUCUGCAAGCAAGAAGCAUAGAAAAUCGUUUACAUUAGAAGAGAAACUUGAGGUGAUUAAGCGAAUUGAAAAAGGUGAACGCAAUUGUGACAUCUCCCGCACUUUGAAUAUGCAUGAGUCUAGUGUGCGCACAAUCCGUGCCCAAGCUGAGAAAAUUAAGGAAAGUUGUAAAAAUGCAACACCAGUAAGCGUGAAGAAAGUUGUUCGUACGCGAUCUAACCUAAUGGAAAAUAUGGAGAGGCUAUUGUCUAUGUGGAUUGAAGACCAAACACAACGAAAGAUGCCAAUGAGUUUGGCUGUUAUUCAGGAGAAAGCCAAAGCUUUAUAUGAUGCCGUUAAAAUAGAAUUGAAUGAAACUGAUGCCAAGCCAUUUAAUGCAAGUCAUGGUUGGUUCGAACGCUUUAAAAAGCGUUCAAACUUACAUAAUAUAAAAAUAACUGGAGGGGCUGCUGCUGCUGACAUGGAGGCUGCUGAAUCAUUCCCAGCGAUAUUUGAAGCUAUUAUAAAGGAAGGUGGCUAUUCAUCUAAACAGGUGUUUAACCUGGACAAAACAGGACUCUUCUGGAAGCGCAUGCCAGCACGCACAUAUCUCUCUCAUGAUGAGGCUUAUGCACCUAGUUUUAAGGCUGCAAAGGAUCAUAUCACUGUGAUGCUAUGCACCAAUGCCAAUGGGGAUUGCAAGCUCAAGCUGAUAGUAGUUCAUUGUUCCGCCAACCCUAGAGCUUUAGCUAGCUAUUCAAAGGAUCAUCUUCCUGGUUUUUGGAGAUCUAAUGUGACAGUAUGGGUAACUGUAAGCAUCUUCACAGACUACCUUUGCAAUCGCCUAACUGCUGAGUUGAAAGACUACUGUUUGCAAGAAGAUCUUGCUUUCAAAAUUUUACUACUUCUAGAUAAUGCACCAGGGCAUCCUCCUUGCCUUACUGAUCUGUCAGAAAACAUUCGUGUGUUAUUUUUACCCCCCAAUACAACCCCAUUAAUUCAACCUCUUGAUCAAGGAGUAAUAGCUGCUUUCAAGGCGUAUUACUUGCGCCGUAUGUUUGCUAGGCUUAUAAGAGAGACAGAUGGGGAGAAUAAGCCUACAAUCAAGGAAUUCUGGAGAAAAUUUAACAUUAAAGAUGCUAUAGAUAUUAUAGCAGAGGCUUGGGCAGAAGUUUCAUCGAGUUGCCUUAACGCAGUUUGGCGCCGUAUAUGGCCUGCAUGUGUUCACGAGUUUAGGGAGUUUGACACUGAAAUAGCUGAAGCUAAAAAGCAGAUUGUAGCCCUAGCCCAUGAAGCAGGAUUAGAGGAGGUGGAUGCUAAUGAUGUGCAAGAGUUGCUCCACUCUCAUGGGGAGGAGUUGUCUAUCGAGGAGUUAAAGCUUCUGGAUGAGCAGCGGCUGGAAAAUGAGCCUGAAUAUACUGAGCCAGUUAUUCGAACAUUAUCAAUGAAAGUUAUGGCUGAAGCAUUUAAGCUUAUAAGUGAUGCAAUAAACAUUUUUGAUGAGAAUGAUCCUGAUCGCGAACGGAGCUCCAAAGUAGCAAAAAGCUUAGAAAGUGCUAUAUCUUGCUACCAGCAACUUUACAAUGAAAAACAAAAGCAAUUAUCUGAUGAACAAGAUAGCCCUGUUCCAUAUACAUUGUCUAACAUUGACGUUGAUGACUCAGCACCAACAGAAAAUUGA